AUAAAUAAACCAACCAAGAAAGAAAAACCAUCCACCAGCUACCACCACUGAAUGGUAGCAGCAAAAGAGAGGCCGGAGAAGAACAAGAAACAUAGAUAGAUGGCUCUGAACGACUUCUUCGCCGGCGAGAUCGCGACGGAGCUCAUGAAGAUGCUGAUAAGCAUAUCACGCAAGUCACUCCUCUGCAGAACAAGCGCUGAUCAGCUCAGAACUUACAUCAACGAAUUACUCCCUACCAUUCAAGAGAUCAAGUACUCCGGCGUCGAGCUUCCCGCCGAUAGGCAGCGUCAGCUCGACCGCUUUUCCGAGAUUCUUCGCUCCGGCGUCGAGCUCUCACAUAAGGUUCUUAAUUCGAACCGGUGGAACGUGUACAAGAACUUGCAGCUAGCGAAGAAGAUGGAGAAGCUUGAGAAGACCGUGUCACGGUUUGUGCAAGGUCCAAUGCAGGCUCACAUAUUGGCUGAUGUGCACCACUCCCGUGUUGAGAUGGCCGAGAGGCUCGACCGGGUCGAUGCGUCACACCAGAGGCUAGAGCAGUACUUUAGUGCCAUGAAGAUAGGAGUGGGAGGAGGAGGGUGGAUAGAGGAGGCUGUGAGCAGCAUGGAGGUGGAUGAGAGUGGGGUGGAGGGUAAUUUGGGGAAUUUAGGUGUAGGUUUGGAACUUGGAAAGAAGAAGGUUAAGGAAAUGGUAAUUGGAAGGAAUGAUAUUUGGGUUGUUGGGAUUUGUGGGAUUGGUGGCUCAGGGAAGACUACACUUGCUAGAGAAGUAUGCAAAGAUGAACAAGUCAGAAGUCAUUUCAAGGAAAGAAUCUUGUUCCUAACAGUGUCACAAUCUCCAAAUGUGGAGCAACUAAGAGCAAAGAUAUGGGGUUUCAUUAUGGGAAAUCAAGGCUUCAUAAGUUCAAAUUAUGUUGUUCCUCAAAGAAUGCCACAAACUGAAUGCAGGAGUGAAGUUCAAAGAUUGAUUGUUCUUGAUGAUGUUUGGUCCCUCUCUGUGUUAGAACAUCUUGUGUGCAGAGUACAUGGUUGCAAGUUCAUUGUGGUUUCGAGAGAGAGAUUUCCAACAAUUUUCAAUGCUACUUAUGAAGUGGAAUUGCUGAGUAAAGAGGAAGCAUUAGCUUUGUUCUGUCACCAUGCUUUUGGUCAAAAAUCAAUUCCUUUAGAUGCUGAUAGGAAUUUGGUCAACCAGGUUGUGACUGAAUGUGGAAGGCUUCCGUUAGCUCUUAAAGUGAUCGGAGCUUCGUUGCGCGAUCAGACCGAGAUGUUCUGGGCUAGUGUCAAGAACAGGCUAUCUCAAGGACAAAGCAUUGGUGAAUCCUAUGAAAUCAACCUCAUUGAUAGAAUGGCAAUCAGCACAAAUCACUUACCAGAAAUGAUCAAAGAAUGCUUCUUAGAUCUUUGUUCAUUCCCUGAGGAUAAGAAGAUUCCACUAGAUGUUCUCACUAAUAUGUGGGUUGAAAUCCAUGAUAUUGAUCAGAAAGAAGCUUUUGCAAUUGUUGUGGAGCUCUCAAACAAGAAUCUUCUCACAUUAGUGAAAGAGGCUCGUGCUGGUGGCAUGUAUAGCAGCUGCUUUGAGAUCUCCAUUACCCAGCAUGAUAUACUGAGAGACCUUGCUCUUAAUUUGAGCAAUCGCAGCAGCAUCCGUGAACGCCGCCGAUUAGUUAUGCCUAAACGGGAAGAUGACGGCCGACUGCCUAAACAAUGGUUGAGAUAUAAGGACAGGCCAUUUGAGGCUCAGAUCGUUUCAGUUCACACAGGUGAAAUGAAAGAAGAAGAUUGGUGUCACCUUGAGUUUCCUAAUGCCGAAGUUUUGAUCAUCAAUUUCACAUCCAAUGAAUACUACUUACCUCCCUUCAUUGCAAAAAUGCCAAAUUUGAGGUCAUUAAUUAUCAUAAACUAUAGUGCAUCAUAUGCUUCCCUUCACAAUGUAUCAGUUUUUCAGAAUUUGACCAAUCUUAGAAGCCUUUGGCUUGAAAAAGUUUCAACCCCUCAAUUAUCAGGCACUAUAAUGAAAAGCUUAGGGAAAUUAUUCAUAGUCCUAUGCAAAUUAAAUAAUAGUUUAGAGGGUAAAGAAGCAAACCUAGCACAAGCAUUUCCCAACCUAAGUGAACUCACUCUUGAUCAUUGUGAUGAUGUUACUGAAUUACCCUCAAGCAUUUGUGAGAUACAUUCACUUCAAAACUUGAGUCUCACAAACUGUCACAAUUUGACCAAAUUGCCCUCAGAACUAGGCAAGCUAAGAUCACUUGGGAUACUAAGACUAUAUGCUUGUCCAGAACUGAAAUCACUUCCUAGUAGCAUAUGUGACAUGAUUAAGUUGAAGUAUAUAGACAUAUCUCAAUGUGUUAACCUUGCAAUGUUCCCUAAUGAGAUUGGAAAAUUGGUGAAUUUAGAGAAGAUUGACAUGAGGGAAUGCCCUAUGAUUAAGAGUUUACCAAAGUCAACAGUGUCAUUGAAGAAUCUGAGGCUUGUGAUAUGUGAUGAGGAGGUACAAGAGGUUUGGAAUGAGGUUGAGAAGGCAAAACCAAAUCUCCACAUUAAAGUCUCAGAGCAAUACUAUGAUUUGGAUUGGCUUAAAGAGUGAUUCAUUGACCUUGGUGUCAAUUUUCUUGUCCCUAAUUUUGUGUAACUAUCAACUAUGUAUUUUUAGUUUUCUCUCUCUACAUAUUUUAUGUAAGAAAUUAUGUUUAUAUACUGACUAAAAAUACUGUGUAUAUCAUUGGAAUUAGUG